AUGAGUGACGAGUUCAACGUGGCCAACCGCAGCUUCCGACCAGGUGACGACCACUUGUGGACGUCCUUGGACAAACCCGACGGUGUGAACGGAGCGUUGGAGAUUUAUGCGCACAACAUGACAAGUACCAAGUGCGACGGCGACACGUGCUACUUCUACAUCGAAGUGUCCGACGAACCGCAGACCAUCUCCGUCUACAACAUGUACACGUAUCCUCCUGGCUUCGAAGACGCGUAUUUCUACUACCGAGCUGGAAUGGUGCAGUCCUGGAACAAGUUUCGUUUCCAAGGAGGUUUGUUGGAAGUCAAAGCUCAACUUCCCGUGGCUACGAAAGCCUACUACCCGACGUGGCCUGGUAUCUGGAUGAUGGGAAACCUCGGUCGAGCCAUUUUCUCGGCUUCGACGAACCGCAUGUGGCCAUUCUCGUACAACAAAUGCGAGCCGGACGUGUUCAACCCCGAAUUCCAACGUAUCGGCGCCUGUGACGAUGAUCCUGGCUAUGAGUUGAACCCGAUUCAAGGACGUGGAGCUCCAGAGAUCGAUGUCCUGGAAGGUGGAGGCUUAGCCAUCUCUUCAUCGCUUCAGAUCGCUCCAGGAAUGCCCACCGACUUUCGUCUUUUCCCUGCGGACGCUAAAGGAGCUGAUGCGACCAGUCCGUUCUGCGUGUACUCGUACGACUGUAAAACGAAAGGAGCCAACGUCAUUGACGUACCGACGUCGUAUUUCCAGCAGAUGCGUGGCCACAAGUCGUGGUACCAAGGUCUCCGCUACGGCGCCAACAACUAUUGCCAACCUGAUGCCAGUGCCAAGCAAGACUUCACCACAGUGAACAAAUCUGUGGAAACAGGAAUCACAGACAACACAUGCACAGCUGACACCUGUCCUGCGUCCAUGGAUGUCAAUGGAGACAUGGGUCUUAUCGACAACAAGGGAAAAGCCCACUGGGGGAUCAACUCCAAUGGCACGUGUUACCCCAUCAUGAACUCGUACAUGGGUGCGUAUCUGUGCGAUCCUGACAACACAAACUCGAUGUGUACUAAGCCCCGUAACGCCAGUACACCCAAGUCCAACACUAUGAGUCCUUUUAACUAUCAGAUGGAUGCUAUCUCGUCCAACUGGCCCAUUCAUUUAGGUGGAUAUCUCGACUAUCUUGUCUACCAAGUUGAGUGGGUCACAGGUGAGAACGGCUACGUGCGUUGGAUGCUGAACGGUGCUCCGAUCUUCGAGGUCACGACUGACGCGUUCUCGAACGUCCCGCAGAACGCGAACAAGUCGAACCCGGUCAAAGUGAUGCUGGAAGAGCCCAUGUACCUCAUUUUCAACACGAACCGGAUCUGUGACGAGUUCCCCAUGUACAUGAAGAUCGACUACAUCCGACUAUACCAAGACCUGAGCGAAGACCUUCCUGCCGAUAGCUACAUGCAGCUCGGCCACAUCGAUGAGUUUUCGGACGACGACAACCCGGUCAAGACGGUGCACGGCAAGGCAUUCUGCAAGACCAAUGACGACUGUACUAUUGGCGGCAGUGUCGGGUCCUCGUUACUGAAGACGGGAACGUGUGUCAAGUCUCGCUGUGUGUGUUCGUCCACGUCGUGGAGCGGACCUCGCUACACGGAGGCUCAGUCUGAUACCUCUGAGAGCUCCAGCAGUCUGUCGAAACGUGUGUAUGGACCUCCGAUGGGAUUGUCAAUGGUGGUCGGUAGUGUCGCUAUCCUUUUGUCUAUCGGGUCGGUGUGGCUAGCGUCUCUAGUGACGGCGAAGGAGACGCAAAAGAUGCAGAAAAACAAGGACGCAGAGCGAGAAGCAAGACAGCGCGAGACUAAGGCGUCCCAACUCUCCAGUAGCGACCUCGGCUCGAGCUUUAACCAGCCCAAGGACAACUACAAGCAGAACUUUGUGUAA